AUGAGCGGGGGGGAGGUCAACGACCAAGCAGGCUUCGCGGAGUUCGUGCAAAGCUGCGUGGACGAUCCACCUUCCUUCACUAGCCUGCAGCAGGAGAUCCUCCGGGGUCCAAGCUGGGCAGUCUUCCGGAAGAGGCAUGGCAAGCUCUAUGUGGACCGCUUCUUUGAUGGAACCGCCCGAGUUUUCUCCGUGAGGGAUCAGCUCUUGUCGCAGGGCACUGACAAAGGCUCCUCCGUGCACUUUGAUUGUUGGGAUAUCGAUCUUCAGCUAGCGGGUGCUCAGAUUUGCGUCGUGUUCCAAACCGCGGCUCACAGCCUGGGUUGUGACCACGUGACUGGUUCAGAUGAGGAGAUUUUUGCCGUGACCGUGGAUCACAUCCAGCUGCGCAAGAAAUCAGCCGAGCGGAAGACCAAGUUCAUUGUGCAUCACUUUCAGAUUGACAACAUGCGUGAAGCAGACCGGUCGCGGCCAAUCAUCAUUUGCCCCGAGGACAGUGGCUACUACAGCGAUCGGCGCGAGACAUUGAAGAACAAGAAGAACCAAGAGGAUCCAGAGACGAUCCCGUUCCUCUAUUUUUGCGUCGAAGAUGUGCCCAGCGGAAUCCUUCAUUUCAAGGAGUUGGAGCUCCUGUUGCAGCCUGUCGUCAUGCGUUUGGACAUGGAGUUUUGGAUCGAGAUCGGCCAACAGCUCCUGCGCUGGGUCUCCUCCGGCAACUCGAACGCGGCUGCAGCGGUACAAGGCUUCUCCUCAGAGGAUCGCCAGAUUAUGGAGACUCAAAUCCGACACCUCCGAGAAGGAGGCAUCGAUGUUCCUUCUGGCAAGACUACGUUGCGACCAAUCUAUUUGGAGCAGUUCCGAUUAGGAGCCUUGAUCGCACAAGUGGAGUUCCUGAUGCCAAUGAAAAAAACUGCAAAAAUUCUCAAGCAGAGCAAGGCGGCCUCCGGUUCGGACUCCGCGACCACCUUGGAGGAUGCAGAGGACCAGUUCGACACACAAUGGCUCCAGUCCAUGUGGCUCUCCCGGGUCUUGGCUCGACUCACGUACCGCUCCCAUGGACUCAUGAAGACGGUGCUGACUGUGGCACAGAAGGGCUUGGUCUUCGUGAUCACCAGCGUGGGCAGUGGUGUGCUAUCGAGCAUUGGCCACGUGACGCCCAGAUUUGCGCUCCCUGAGACCGUCAUUCAGUCGGAGUUCACAGACUUGACUCCAUUCGCCAAUGGCCUCUUCCGAAACUACAUGAAGCAUGGCAUGUGGGAAUCCUACAAGGUCCUGGGCAGCAUGAACAUCUUGGGAGAUCCUAUCGGUUGGACCUUGUCAGUGGGAGGUGGUGUGAAGCAGUUCUUCCUGAAGACGGGCAGCGAGGUCCUCCAGGGCGACUUGAAGGGGGAAGGCGUGCUGAGCUUGGCCCAAGGAGUGGUUGGCGGCACUGCUGCUCACGUGGGCAAGUUCUUUGGAGCGCUAGGCGAUACCGUGGAUGCGCUGGCACAGACGGGUGACGCAGGUCAAAACUACUUGCCUGGCAGCGUGAAUCAUGUGGGUGAUGGCGUGAUCGUUGGCACACAGGUCUUUGGGCGCCAUGUGGUCUCUGGGAUGACUGGACUGGUCAAAGCACCGAUCCAUGGCUUUCGAGACAAAGGCUGGCGUGGCUUGGGGGAAGGCUUUUUGAAGGGAGUUCGUGGUGCUGUCGCCCAGCCGGUGAGUGGCCUCAUGCAUGGCGCCCAGCACAUCGCAGAUGGGGUGGAUGCAACAACCAGGCUUUGGGAUCACUGGGGACAGAUCUCUGUGCGGCGAAGCGCCCGGAGUCUCCAACAUGGCCGGCUCCUGCCGUUGGUGGGUGCCGAGUUUUCACCUCGUGUGACUGUUUGGGUGGAUAGCCUGGAGUUCCUGACGAUGGAAAGCUUUGUUGGAAGCACCUUUGCAGUUGAUCGCCAGCUGCGUGGUGCUACGUACCGAGUACAGCUUCGUGCAGGAGAUUGGAACAAGCCCUGCAAGCUCGGCCGCUUGGCGCCCAAUGGCGCCAUCCAAUUUGAUCAGGCCAAAUGGGUGCCGAUCCAAACACUACUGGAGGCAGAUUUGAACAUCACGGUGCAGGACUGCACUCUUCCAGGCCAUUUGGACUACGAUAUGCAGAUCGUUUACACUGCCAAGCUGCAUCGGAACUUCAUCCUGCAGCAGGUUGCACAGGUGCUUCGUGAACCGGAGGACCUGGCCGUUGUGGACGACUACACAUGCCGUUGGCGACCCAGCAGCUCGUGCCGCGUGCGCUUAGAUCCCACUUCAGAUUCAGCGCCUGCUGCUGAGCUUCUUUUGCGCUUCUGGCCUGCCUGGGAUCCGGUGCGCGUGCCGAAGACGCAGCAGUGGGUCCCAAAGCGGUUGAGCACCACAGCUGAGAAGAGGCCUCAUCCUGAUCGUAAAGAAGGCUUGUUGAUGAAGAAGUCGAAAGGCCUUUUGCACCACUGGUCAGAGAAGUGGGUGGUGCUGGAGAACCACGAGUUCAAGUACUGGAGCGACCGGAAGGACUAUGAGCAGCAGGAGCCGCCCAAGGUGAUUGGAGAGAUCCAGUCAGCCGACACCUGGGACAAAGAUUUGAGACGGAUCAAAGGUGAAGGGCGUAAGCUGGACUACGCGCAAGUGCGCGACAGGCAGAGGAAUUUGCUGCCGCUGUGGGUCGCAAGAACGACGCAGUACCAACCUGAGCAGUUUCCUUUGCAGGUCUUGUGGUCCAAGGCCACAUUCAGGGUGUGCUACCGCUUGGCUGAUCCCAAAUGCAAGUCCCGCUUCGCUGCCGGGAGUGAACCCGAGUCCUAUUUCAUCCAGCUGAACCAGGAUGGAGAGGUCGAGGCACAGUGGCAGCCUGCUGACAGAGAACAGGAGCCUGUGAAGUCGUGGCUGCAAGCUGUGCUUCGACAUUCAAUCCUCGACUGA